GUAGUGGAUCCAAAUAUGGAGGUUCCUCAAUAUUAUGGUUACGUGAUCUUCAUUGUUUUGGCUUCGUUUCUAGUAAAUCUUUGGCUUGCUGAAAGAGUUUCAAUUGCUCGAUUUAGAUAUAACAUUCAGUAUCCUAUGAUGUACAGCGAAACAAAUAAUAUAUUUAACUGUAUGCAGCGAUCUCACUUAAAUUUCUUAGAAUAUUAUCCAUUCUUUAUUGUUUUACUUCUACUUGGAGGAUUCCCAUAUCCGGUCCUGGGCGCUAUUGCUGGAUUUGUAUAUUUACUGGGUCGAAUUGUUUACGCAAUUGGCUAUUCUACAGGAAAUCCUAGUAGCAGAUUUUGGGGAUCUUUUCAAUACUUUGGAUUGCUUUUUCUCUUGUUUAGCAGUGCAAAAUUUGGUUUCAACCUGUUAGGAUGGUGGUAAAUGAAUAAAAUAUAAUGAAUACUUUAAAUCAAUUAAAUGAAGAUUUUUUUAUAAUUAGUUAAUUACAUUUUUAUCUCAAUUAAAAUGAUUUUUUUACUCGUUAAAUUCACAGAAAUUUACAUUAAUUUUUUUCACUAAUCUUGUGUAUCUUAUUGUUCCUUAUUACCUCACUAAUUUUUCAUUAUAAUUGUGUUGUUGUUUCUUAAUUCUGAUGAUCUAGUGUACAUGAUAUUUAAAGUGUACGCAUUAAUGUUUAAGGGCACAAUUUAUGUAAAUCAUUUAAAAUAUGUUUGUUGUGAUAUUUCUUAUUAAUUUGUAACUGUAUUAGCUAGAUUAACGUGACCAGAUUCUCAAAUGUAAAACAGGGAUGUUAAACUGGUGCUUCAAUGUGACAUGAGAUAAUUGUCAACCAGAAUUGGUCACAUGACUUAUCAGUUUCCUAGCUUUCUGACAUCAUCUAUGACAGAUGUUGCAAACAACCGAUAAACAUUUUACUUAUCUGUAUUCUCUCUUUUACAAAUUAAUGACCUACAGCAGUAGUAACAGUUAACAGUUAAUUACAGCUCUAAGUCUAGCUUUGUUUGCUUUAAUCUUUAUUUUUAUAACUCAGAUAAUUAGAAAAAACUCAUCAACUCUCUUUUAUAAAUGAUAUACAUUCACUGCUCUCUGACUGAUAGGUUACUAGCUGGGCAAUAAAUUUCCAAUUGGGCUACUGUUCCUAUAAACUAGAUAUUAAAAUUUUUACACUAUAACUUGUAUGCAAUUCAUCUUUGACUUACAAUCUUUGUAAUGGAUGCCGAUUAGUUUUGAAUAUAAUUAUGAAAUAGUCCAAAAGCAGAACAUUUUUUAAAGGGUUUAAAAAUCAGGACUGUCUGGCCUAAUUCGAGACGUCUG